AACGUCAGAAUCGUAUCUCUCGGGGGGUCACUGCAAACGCCUACCUGCAACGGAACAGUUAUCUCGCGAGACGACGGGUCCCCAAAAGGCACAAACCUAGCGCAAAGGUUGGCUGUGAAGGUAGAUUCAGGGUGCGGAAGUGGCUUUGUGGUGCCACCUCUAACCGCUCAGAGGUUAACCCCGAUUCUACACGGAAAACUAGGCCUUGGCUGCUAUGGAAGGGCAGCAGGAGCAAGAGAGCCACGCAACCCUAGCCCUCGCCCAGGCUCAUUUCAACAAGGGCGAGUACGCGGAGGCCGAAGCGCUAUACUCCGCUUACAUUCGCCAGUGCGCCUGCGUGUCCUCCAGCGGCUUGAGUCCCGGGAGCAAAUGCAGCCCUGAGGAUUUGGCUACUGCAUAUAACAACAGGGGGCAAAUCAAGUACUUCAGGGUUGAUUUUUAUGAAGCCAUGGAUGACUACACAUCUGCCAUAGAAGUCCAACCCAAUUUUGAAGUUCCAUAUUACAACAGAGGGUUGAUACUGUAUAGGCUGGGAUAUUUUGAUAAUGCUUUGGAAGAUUUCAAGAAGGUAUUAGACUUAAAUCCUGGAUUUCAAGAUGCUACUUUGAGCUUAAAACAGACUAUUGUAGACAAAGAAGAAAAACAAAGAAGAAAUUUUGAAAAACAUUGAAAUUUGUAACUUAAUUCCUUACCUCUGCAUCUAGUUAUCAGUAAUUUAAAAUAGAUAUUGAGCUAUUUUGAUUUAUAUUUAAGAAAUUUAUACAUUAGCAUUGAAAGUUAAUGUGUUUAAGGUAGUUAAUUUCAGGUUUAAUGUUUUUUUUAUGAAGUGUAAAUACCAAUGUAUAUGUGUAUAUUAUUAAAUAUUACAGUAAAAAGGAAUGUGUGGUGUUUUCUUCAGUAAAACUAUUUUUGUGAUUUUUUUUAUUCUCAACUUUUUAUUUUAAAAAUGUUAUAUCUGCAGAAAAGUUGAAAGUAUAAUGAAAUACAAAUUCUUCAAUUAGAUUCAUUAGUUGUUAACAUUGUGCCACAUUUGCUUUUUCUCUAUAUUUAAAUAUAUAACUUUUUGCUGAACCCUUUGAAAAUAAGGUGCAGAGAUCACAGUACUUUGCCUUUAAAUAUUUCAGCCUACGUUUUCUGAAAUUGACGACAUCCUCCUUUAUAACCACACCACCAUUAUAAUACCUAAUAAAAUAAGUAAUUCUGUAAUGUCAGCCAUUC